UGUAAACGUCAUAUGACUGUGCACAAGAGCGGACAUAGUAGCAUGCGAUAGCAAAUUCGAUACCUGACUUGCCAACAUGGAUCGAUUCGACCGCUUUAAGAAGCCUGGCUUCAACCGCCAGGCAGCUGUUAAGGCCCUUAAGGAAAGCGUGCAGAGUGGCCAUAAGACGGGUUUGCCUCCUCCUCUGCUGUCUCUCUUCAACCCCAGAGCUCAGUUGCCUCUACCACCCGAAAUCAAGAAGCCUAAAAUCAAGCUACCUUACACGGGUAUAGCAGCAUAUGUGAAGGAGUUUGCUAGCGAGGGGGACCCAGAGUACCAGCCGCCGCGAAGCGAGGACUGUCCCCCUUCACCGCGCCUGUUUCGCAACCGGGAGCUUUCAGCGCAGGCUCGCUUGGAUACCGAGACGAAGACCGAGAAGAAGAUACGCUUGACCAAGUGGAAGCUUGAGGAGGCGGAACGGGAAGCGCGAGAAAAAGCGAAAACCUUCGACCCCAACAAGGACCCGAAGAUUGAGGGCGAUCCCUACAAAACGAUUAUUGUGGCGCGCCUAAGCUUUGAUGUCACGGAGAAAAAGCUUCGCCGGGAGUUUGAGGAGUUCGGACCCAUAAAGCGCGUCCGCAUAGUGACGGACAAGGCUGGCAAGCCACGGGGCUACGCCUUUGUCGAGUUUGAGCAUAAGGCGGACAUGAAGGAGGCGUACAAGUCUGCUGAUGGGAAGAAGAUUGAGGGCCGGCGUGUGCUAGUAGACGUGGAGCGCGGCCGCACGGUGGAGAACUGGAAGCCUCGGCGACUCGGCGGUGGACUGGGCGCUCCAGGGCGCGAGCCGAAGCCGCCUAAGAAGGCAAAGCCAGGAGCUAUGCCUCUCCCCACACCGGUACCAGUUAUGACACCAGGUGUCGACGACAGGUCACGGCCGCGUGAUUUUGACUCCCGAGACGCGCGGCGGUCCGAGCCGCGGCGGGACUACGACUCACGGGACGCUCGCGGGCCCAGCGGCGGCAGCAGCUAUCGGGAACCUCCCCGCGACUACCGGGACACGCGCGACACGAGGGACCGCGAGCGGAAGCGGGACCGUGAGCCCUCGCCCAGGCGUGAUGACCGCGGAGACCGCGGUGACCCACGGGACGAUAAGCGGGUUCGCCGGGACCUGGAGGACGGGGAGCUGCGCGACGACCGGGAGCGCCGCGAACGGGAUCGGCCCAGGCGUGAGCGCGAUAUGGUGUAACGCAGGGCGUGUGGAUGGGCGUCCAUGCAUGGGAUGGCGUCUGGGGUGUCGCGCUUAUAGGGGCAAGGCUAGCACGGGGGUGAAUGGGAUUGCCCUGCACGGGUUUGGCUAGGCUGCGACCAAGGCCUCAAUCCAUGACAUGGGUAAGGUCUUCAAUAGCAUAUGCCAGUGCCAUGCGCCGCGGUUAGACGCAUGGUGUCCAUUGAAUGCGGCCCCACGGGUGAGUAGUAGUUUAGCGGUAAGAGUGCGUCUUACUGAGUUUACAGGGGUGGUGGGCCUGCAUGCACAUGAUAGCAGCAUGCGUUCGGUUCUAGUGUUGAGUGUCCUAGGUCUUAAUGCCCUCUCCCACAUUCGACGGCUGCAAAGCUGUACGGUCUUCAGCUGCAUACCUGGGAGGAGUGGGUAGGUACAUGUACCUCAGGUGAGCAGCGUGGUUGCUGCUGCCGCCUGUGGUAAGGGGCGUGUAGCUGAUUGCGCAUGGUUUCGGGAACUGAAUGUACGAGGCAAGAAAACGGAUGAGUGAAGUGUGUUUUUGUGCACCGUACUAGUACGUUGUCAGGUUCUGGCAGCGUUUGCGAUAUUAGCCAUCGGUUUGGCAUAGGCGUUCGACAGUUGGGUUGCGGAGUAGUUGAUUGGAGUAGCAUGACGGCAAGGUUUUUGAUGGCAGCAGCUCCUGAAAGGCGGUAAGGUGCAAGGUGGG